UGUUGACCAAUCAGCUUGUUGCUGGUGAAGGGAGGGCGCGUGAGCUGGAGGUAACAGUGUGCGCGAGAGCCCGAGUGCAAGGGAAGCCUUAUCACGGAGGCACGGCUAAAGACUACAUUUCCAAAAUGCCGAAUAAAACUAAAAAAGAGAAGGAACCAAGCAAAUCUGUAAAAAGCACCACGAAAAACAGUAAUGCCGGUGGUGGAAAGGAUGCUGGAACUGACAAUUCAGAAGAGGCCCAGCAGACAGCCAGCAAGCGUCCGAGCAACAGCACUCCACCUCCCACUCAGCUCAACAAAAUUAAGUACUCAGGUGGGCCUCAGAUUGUAAAGAAGGAGCGUCGACAGAGUUCAUCACGAUUCAACCUCAGCAAGAACCGGGAACUGCAGAAGCUUCCCACCAUCAAAGAUGCCCCACCCUUGGAUCGAGAAGAACUGUUUGUCCAGAAACUGCGGCAGUGCUGUGUGCUUUUUGACUUUGUGACUGAUCCACUAAGUGAUCUCAAGUACAAGGAGGUGAAGAGAGCCGGCCUUAAUGAAAUGGUGGAGUACAUCACACACAACCGUGAGGUGGUCACAGAGUCCAUCUACCCCGAAGCUGUCAUCAUGUUUUCUGUAAACUUGUUCAGGACUCUUCCGCCCUCUUCCAAUCCUACGGGAGCAGAGUUUGACCCUGAAGAGGAUGAACCCACUCUGGAGGCCGCUUGGCCCCACCUGCAGCUGGUUUAUGAAUUCUUCUUGAGAUUCCUAGAGUCACCUGACUUCCAGCCCAAUGUUGCCAAAAAAUACAUCGACCAAAAGUUUGUAAUGUCGCUUCUGGAGCUUUUUGACAGUGAAGACCCCAGAGAGCGGGACUUCCUAAAAACCAUCCUGCACAGGAUCUAUGGAAAGUUCCUGGGGCUGAGAGCCUACGUCCGUCGGCAGAUCAACAAUAUAUUCUACAGGUUUAUAUACGAGACGGAGCAUCACAAUGGGAUUGCAGAGCUCUUAGAAAUCUUAGGAAGCAUAAUUAAUGGCUUUGCCCUGCCGCUGAAAGAGGAGCACAAAAUGUUCCUCAUCAGAGUGCUUCUGCCUUUACACAAAGUCAAGUCUCUCAGCGUCUAUCACCCACAGCUGGCCUACUGUGUGGUGCAGUUUUUGGAAAAGGACAGCAGCCUCACUGAACCUGUGAUUAUGGGCCUGCUGAAGUUCUGGCCUAAGACCCACAGUCCUAAGGAGGUGAUGUUUCUGAAUGAACUGGAGGAAAUCUUGGAUGUCAUUGAGCCCUCAGAGUUUGUUAAAGUCAUGGAGCCUCUGUUUAGACAGCUGGCCAAGUGUGUAUCAAGUCCACACUUCCAGGUUGCUGAAAGAGCAUUGUAUUACUGGAACAAUGAGUACAUCAUGAGCCUGAUCAGCGACAACGCUGCCAAGAUCCUCCCCAUCAUGUUUCCCGCUCUCUACAAGAACUCCAAGAGCCACUGGAACAAGACAAUCCACGGGCUUAUCUACAACGCUCUUAAGCUCUUUAUGGAGAUGAACCAGAAGCUGUUUGAUGACUGCACUCAGCAGUACAAGGCUGAGAAGCAGAAUGAACUACAAAGAGAGAGACAGCAUUUUGGGCAUCGAACAUGCCCAGAGAUGAUGUCUAGAGAGAAGUACAAACUUAAGGAACGGGAAGAAAUGUGGCAUAAAAUUGAAGAACUAGCGAAACAGAACCCUCAGAGUACAAAGGUUCAGCUGCGGCCCGGUCUGGCUCAGGAGGAGUAUAUGAUGUAUAAUGAAGGAGGGAUGCCAUUGUACUCGAUGGAGACCGAGACCCCCACAGCCGAGGACAUCCAGCUGCUGAAGAAGACUGUGGAAUCAGAAGCCUCACAGGGGAUGAAAGAAAUCAAGAAAGACAAGGUUUUGAUGAGGCGAAAGUCUGAGCUGCCGCAGGACGUCUACACUAUUAAAGCCCUGGAAUCUCACAAGCGAGCGGAGGAGUACCUGACGGCCAACCAAGAAGCCCUCUGACGCGGGCGCGCCGGCACCCUCCACCGCGCCUAAACUGUUCCUCUCGUCUUGGUCCAAAAUUGUCGCCUGCUGUAACCCACCUCUCUAUUCCUCUGCCUA